UUUCUCAAUUUUCCAGAAUUUCGUUUUUACCUUUUCUUUUUGUCUGAUAAAAACAAACAUAUUUUCAUGCACCUUUCAGCCGACCCUUUAAAAAAAAGAUCAAUUUUUUUCCUUCAAAUUUUACCUUUCUACCCAAUUUUAUGGAUGGUGGUGAGGAUAUAAAGUCUAAAUCUUGUCACUUAAAUUGUGCUUGAUAUUUUUAGUUAUUGAUGAAUCAAAGAGAAAGAAAAAAUGGGUGAGGAAAAAUGGAGAUUUUUUUUAAAAUAAAGAUCGAUUUUUUGUUGUUUUUUUUUUUCUUAUUUUCUGUGAAAAUAGAAAGAAAGCCCAAAGAUUUUAAUCGCUUAAACCUUUCAUUUGUUGAUUCCUUUCAAUUCUUUCUAACGUAAAUGAGAGUUGGGUUAAGUACGAUCCAACAAACACUUACGCCGGAGGCGGCAACCGUGUUAAACCAUUCAAUAGCCGAAGCAAGCCGUCGGAAUCACGGCCAAACGACGCCGCUUCAUGUGGCGGCAAUGCUUCUAUCGUCUCCCGCCGGAUUCCUUCGCCAAGCGUGUAUUAAAUCACACCCGAGUUCAUCCCACCCGUUACAGUGUCGAGCUUUGGAGCUUUGUUUCAGUGUGGCGUUGGAACGUCUCCCAACUUCUCAAAGCGCCGACAAUGGCGGCACCGGACUCGACCCGCCGAUUUCAAACGCUUUGAUGGCUGCUUUGAAACGCGCUCAAGCCCAUCAACGCCGUGGGUGUCCCGAACAACAGCAACCGCUUUUGGCUGUUAAAGUUGAAUUAGAACAGUUGAUUAUAUCGAUCCUCGAUGAUCCAAGCGUUAGUAGAGUAAUGAGUGAAGCUAGUUUUUCAAGUCCAGCAGUUAAAUCCGCCAUUGAACAAUCCUUGAACGGAAAGAAUCCGACCGGGACAAUCCGUCUCGGGUUCAAACCGGCCGUUGCCGCCCCUUCUGUUAACCGGAAUUUGUAUCUGAACCCGAGGUUACAACAAAAGGCAGACAGCCAGUCAGGGCAUCAAAGGAAUGAAGAUGUCCAAAAGGUGUUUGAUAUUUUGACGAAGAGAAAGAAAAGGAACCCGGUUUUGGUGGGCGAACCCGCGCCGGAAUCGGUGGUUCAAGAGAUUUUAAGGAUGAUUCAAGGUAAAGAAAUUGAUGGGAUUUUUAAAAACGUUGAAGUGGUUCAUUUAUGGAAGGAUUUGGCAUUGGAUAAACCCCAAAUGGUUGCAAAAAUCAAGGAAUUAGGCACUCAAAUUGGAGCCAAGAUUGGGAAUUUGGAUUUUGGAGGGGUCAUUCUUGAUUUGGGUGACUUGAAAUGGCUAGUAGAGAGUAACCAGCCGAUCGGGGCUCAACGGCUGUCUCUACUGGAACCAGGCGGUGCUGCUGCGGUGGCGGAGAUGGCGAAGUUGCAGCGGUUCGGAGAAGGUAAUGGGAGACUAUGGUUGAUUGGAACAGCUACUUGUGAAACUUAUUUGAGGUGCCAAGUUUAUUAUCCUUCAAUGGAGAAUGAUUGGGAUUUGCAAGCAGUUCCUGUUGCUUCUAAAAUGCUUUCAAGGUUUGGGAGCAAUGGGAUCCUUAACGGUUCUGUUGAGUCCUUAUCCUCGAUGAAUGGGUUUGUGACUACAGCUGCUCGACCUAGGCAACUCUCAGAGAACUUCGACCCUACCCGAAAACAAGGAUGUUGUCCACAGUGCAUGCAGAAUUACGAACAAGAGGUUGCCAAACUUUUAGCAGCCAAGGAGUUCGAGAAACCAUUGUCUGAUGCUAAUUCCAAAUCAACUCAGCCGGCAUUGCCGCAAUGGUUGCAGAAUGCAAGAGUCCAUGAUGAUCAGGCACAGCAGAAGAUUCAAGAACUCCAGAAGAAAUGGAAUGAUACUUGCUUGCAUCUACACCCGAAAUUUCAUCAAUCCGGUUUAAGCUCUGACCAGUUUGCUCCUAUGGCUCUUUCUAUGACGAGUUUGGUGCCUUUCCAGCCCAAAUUAACAUUAAACAGGUGCAGUGGGGAGACACUGCAACGGAUCCCGAAUCUUGUAGCUAGCCAACCUGGAAGUCCGGUAAGAACAGACCUUGUUCUUGGACGGCCAAAGAUAACCGAGACCGAACUUGAAAGAACACAUAAAGAGUGUGUGAGGGACUUUUUGGGCUGCCUACCUUCCGAACCAUGGAACAAGUUACAGGAUUUGAAAAGCAACAAACUGUUAAACGCGUUAGAUGCUGAUUCGUUCAAGAAACUCCUUAAAGGUCUAACUGAGAAGGUGUGGUGGCAGCAGGAUGCAGCAUCUGCGGUGGCUGCAGCAGUGACGCGGUGUAAACUAGACAAUGGAAAACGACAGGGUGCUGGAUCAAAGGGUGAUGUUUGGUUAUUGUUUUCCGGUCCCGACAGGGUUGGCAAGAAGAAGAUGGCGUCGGUCCUCUCAAAUCAAGUAUGCGGGGCUGAUCCCGUGGUGAUAGGUCUUGGCUCGAGACGUGAUGAUGGGGAAUCCGAUUUGAGUUUCCGUGGUAAAACUGUGCUGGAUAGAAUAGCAGAGGCUGUUAAGAGGAAUCCUUUCUCGGUAGUAAUGCUUGAAGACAUAGACGAAGCAAAUAUGUUAGUUAGAGGUGGCAUAAAACAAGCAAUGGAGAGAGGCCGACUCACUGAUUCUCACGGUCGUGAGAUCAGUCUCGGAAAUGUUAUUUUUAUUCUCACUGCAAAUUGGUUGCCAGAUAAUCUCAAAUUCUCAUCAAAUGGUAUUUCCCUGGAUGAAACGAAGCUCACCUGUAUCGCAAGUGGAGGUUGGCAAUUAAGGUUAUCCGUUUUGGAGAAAACUUCAAAGCGUCGAGCUUGUUGGCUACAUGAGGCAAGCCGAGCAACAAAGCCAAGGAAGGAUACCAGUUCACCGCUAUGUUUUGAUCUUAAUGAAGCGACUAAUGUGGAAGAUGGAUCACACCACUCGAGCGAUCUCACGGUCAACCACGAAGAACAUGGCCUCGCUAAUAGGCUAUCAUCCAACUCAACAUCAUCAAUACCCCGUGAACUGCUUGAUUCUGUCAACGAUGCAAUCGUCUUCAAACCCGUCGACUUCGGUCCCAUUAGACGCAAUAUAUCAAACAACAUAACAAAAAGAUUUUCCAGCAUUAUCGGGGAAAGGGUAUCGAUCGAGAUCAUAGAUGAUGCUCUAGAAAAGAUUAUGAGUGGUGUAUGGAUAGGUAGAACCGGAUUAGAAGAAUGGAUAGAGAAAAGAUUGGUUCCGAGCUUGCAACGGUUGAAAACACAAUUUCCCGUGUCAGAUGAGUCUCUAGUUGUCCGACUUGAACUCGAUGACGAAUCCUGUGAACGAAGCCAUGGAGAUUGGCUGCCUAGUAGUGUCAAGGUGGUCCUUGAUGCGUUCUCAUAGUGAGAGCUAUUUGGGGAUACAAUUGGUAUUUUGUUACUUUUGUUGGAUAGAAAUGUAAAUAUACUCAAACUAUUUUUGGCGGGGAGACGUUGAUAGAUUUAACGGUAUAUACUUAUUAAUAUUCGCUUCUU